GCGAGCGGGAGUUUCCGGUAGCGGGUAACUGUAUGUGUGCAUGGUAACUGGCUAAGCUAAGCUAAGCUAAGCUCAGCUCCGAGCCAGCGUUCUCUCUGUGUUUUACAGGGAAUAACGAGUGACCCCCUGAUGCUGAGGCACACGUUCCUGUCUCGGGUGCUUUAUUUAAGCGUUAGGGACUGUAGUGUCGUGUUUAGACGCUUUUCUGAGAGGAUGGAGCGCGCUGUGGUGAGAUGUGUUCCCUGCGACCCCAAGCUCACCAUCUCCUUCACUCUGAACGGCAGCCAGAAACACAUGCUGAGGGACCAGACCGAGGAGCUGGGGAAGGUGCUGGCGCGGAUUUCCAACGGGAUUAUUAAGUCAAAGAGCAAAGGGAAGAGGUCUAAGAUCAGUAAAAGCAGUGAAGCAGCUGCUGAGAACCUCCCUGAUCCUGUAGUUCGACUUUUUUUUAAUGGAGACUCUGUGUCUGAGGACUCUAUUAACUCUGAGGCAUGGCUGGACGGUGCUGUGCUGCAUGUGGGAGAAAACAAGUACAGAAUUGAACGCAACCCUCCCAGUUUCACCACAGCAGAACUCCCAGCCUCCGUACUGUCAGGCUUCCCAGUUUGCCCCAGGCUGGAGAUUGAGUUUGGGCAUCUAAAGGACUGUAAGUUCACGUGGUACAAAGAAAGAUCUCCUAAUGCGCAUGCCCAGCAGCAGGAGCAGCACCCUACUGAGUCCACUGAGUCUAGUGAGCUGGGUGGGUCUGAACUCAAUACCUGCUGGCUGGAGGCAGGUAGUGAACGAGUGUACACUCCAUCCAACCUCGAUAUAGGCUUGAAGCUAAAGCUGAAGUGCACUCCUGGAGACGGAAAUGCCAGAUAUGGGCUAACCAAAGAACUAGUGACCCCAGAAGCCGUGGAGGCCGGCCCAGGAGUGUGCACCUUCGACAACAGGCACAUGUACACCAGAAAGGUCACGGAUGCCACCACAGUCAGGGUCGUGUCCUACAACAUCCUCGCAGACAUCUACGCCCAGACCGAGCUUUCCAAAACUGUCCUUUACCCUUACUGCGCACCCUACGCUCUGGGUUUGGACUAUCGGCAAAGUCUGAUCAAGAAGGAGCUUUCGGGGUACAACGCUGACAUCGUUUGCCUUCAAGAAGUAGACAAGGGCGUCUUCAGUGAUAGCCUGUGUCCUGCUCUUGAUGCUUUCGGUAUGGACGGUGUCUUCAGGGUAAAGGAGAAGCAGCACGAAGGGCUGGCGACGUUUUACAGAAGGUCCAAGUUCAGGCUUCUAGGCCAGCAUGACGUAAUGCUGAGCGAGGCCUUGACGACCGAUGCUGUUCACAGUGCACUGCUGGAGAAGGUGUCCACCAACCCCACUUUAAAGGAGAAGGUGGUGCAUAGGUCGACCACUUUGCAGGUCACUGUGCUUCAGUCAGUGGGUGAUCCAUCAAAGAUUGUGUAUGUCGGAAACACGCAUCUCUACUGGCAUCCCAAAGGAAGCAAUGUCCGCUUAAUACAAGUGGCCGUGGCGCUUCAGCACCUGAAGAGAGUCACAGAAGAGCAUCCUGGGACUUUGAUCUUCUGUGGGGACUUUAACAGCACGCCCUCCUCAGGACUGUUCCAGCUGCUGAGUCAGGGCUCUGUACCAGAGAACCACAGUGACUGGGAAUCUAAUGGGCCGGAGGAGCUCAUCCAGAUGGAGCUUCUGAGCCCCUUCCAGCUGAACAGCGCGUGUGGAGAACCAGCCUACACUAACUACGUUGGAGGUUUCCAUGGUUGUCUGGACUAUAUAUUCAUGGAGCCUCGGGCUCUUCAGGUGGAGCAGGUUAUUCCCCUGCCCAGCCAUCAGGAGGUCACCACCUACCAAGCGUUACCCAGCGUGGCUCACCCAUCUGACCACAUAGCUUUAGUGUGCGACCUCAAGUGGAAAUAAGGCCACGCUGCAGUUUAUCUAGGUCAGGCUUUGAUGUGGAGUUUAUCUACUGCUGUUUCAUAGCAGGUUUAUCUGAUGAGGUGUCUGCUUUUAUCGUUGAGUGUGUUUAUGUGAACUCAAUAAUACAUUUAUAAUCUGAUUACUGCAGCUGAUCUGAUAGAUGAUUAUGAUAAGUAGCUAUGGAAACAGUACAUGCUUUGAUUUGAUUUCAUCUGGAAAAAAUCUAAUAAAUCUGAAAAAGAGCUGGAUAAUAAGACUGAAGGAUUCAAUCUUCUAGCAGAAGUUUGAUCAUAUUGUGUCUCAGUUUGUUAAAAAAAAACUGUUUUACUUGAUGUUCGUUGGCUGGCUGCAAAUCAAAAAUCCAAUUGUUUUUCCCAUUUGCUAAAUACCAAAAUUGGUGUAAACAGGUUGUUCAAAUUAUUGACAAACUCCAAUGUUCUGCAGUAAUCAGAUUAUUGAGUGCAUGUAAACUCACUUCAGUCUCUUGAGUUGAGGUUUGAAUUUUUGGUCGAUGAUUGGUAAUUUAUUAUUAAGUCAUUCAUUAUAUAUAUAAUAUUACAUAAGUACUGCAAAUAGGCAUUGUGAGAGCAUGCUAAUAAACCAUCCUCUGCCAUUUUUGACUUCAUACAGGUUUGAUCUUUGCAAAUACAGAAUAAAUUGCAAAAUUUAAUUGCAAAAUAAAGCACAAUUCUGUUUUUAA